AUGAACAAACCUCAGCAGGCCGUCCUUAUCGUGGGCGGCAGUGUCGCCGGCCUCACCCUCGCCAAUAUGCUCGAGAAGUUUGGCGUGGACUACAUUGUGUUGGAAGCAUACGAUGAGAUCGCACCACAUGUUGGCGCGAGUAUUGGCCUUUUGUCGAAUGGGCUGAGAAUUCUUGACCAGUUGGGAUGUGCGGAUCAAGUCAUAUCGUUGAUCGACAGGCCUAUGCGAGAUUCAUACCUUCGCAACCCGGAUGGGUCGCUAAUCAAGCACUAUAGUGGGAUUCGUGAGGGUGAAGUCGAAAGGACAAGCUCUGCACUAACUCCACUCCACGAGCAUGUAUUUCAGCAGUGGCACUUUGGCCGCAUCAUGACGAUUGGCGACGCGGCCCACAAGUUCCAUCCGUUGACUGGACACGGAGGCAAUGCUGCCAUUGAAACGGCUGCUGCUCUGGUGAAUCAUUUGCAUUCCAAGAGGAAUCUGAACUGGAGCGACUCGGAGAUAAACGCUGCCUUUAGCGCUGCGCAAAAUGACCGUCAUGAUCGCGUGUCAUGGCUCGUCGCAGAUGCUCACGAGUACCAGCAGAGGCAUGCCUUGGCGACGCCUCUGUGGAGGGUAGUGGCGCGGAUACUACCUCUCUUCAUCAAUGGCGACGCCGCCUUUCAUGUCUCAGGGCAAAAGUAUGUCGGUGCCAGCCGACUGGACGGUCUUUCAGUCGUGAAGCGACAACACGCAGUCCCAUAUGACGAUGAGCUUCCCAUGAAGCCUCUGCGCCCGACCUGGCUUUUAACUGGCCUUGGAGUGAUGACGCAGGGAAUAUUGUAUCAACUAUCCAAGAAACUAUUGCUGUCCUUGCAAGUUCCUACCACAAUUGAGGGCGCUCCCCUAAGAGAUCACUACACUGGCAUAGGAUCGGUGGACAAGAUUCUGACGGUUCUCGUCUCUGUCUUCGGUGUUCCUCUCGCAGGACACAACAAGGCCAGACUGGUCCAAUUGGUGUCUUUCACCCCCCUACUGUUGUCAACCACCCUCGACUGGACCAUGGAAGCUUAUCGACCUGGUGCCAAAGGACUCCAAACCUCCCUGCCAACUCUAUUUGGGACCGUGUAUCAGUUACUGGGCGUUGGUCAGAUCUCGCCACUGUAUCAUUUGAUCUCUGUACUCGAGCACGCUUUCAGGGGGCCCUUGGGCACAGUUAUUGGUUAUCCAGUUCCCAAGGAAGUUGCUGACGCUGCGAUUCCUGGCCUAGGCUUUGGCUACAUCCUCCCUACUGCCCUCAUGUUGUGGCCAUUCGAGAACAAGGAUAGCUGGCAGAAGUUUGUCGCCUUAUGGCAGCCGUUCCCCAUUUAUGUUGGUGUCCUUGUUGCAGGGCUUUCGACUGUCUUCCGUAGGCAGAAAACCACGGCGGCAGUGAGCGGGCUCAAGAUGAAACAGAGCCAAGCCAGUGAGAGACCGAGCAAGCAAGCCAAGGCCACACAGUCGACUCUCAAACUGGUUUACGCGGGUGGAGCGGCAACAACCGCGCUUGUCCAUCUCUGGGCGGUGUAUCGCAUUCUUUCCAGCUCCGAGCUGAGUUUCUCUGCGGUAUUUGGGAAUCCUAGCUCCCAGCUCUCUGGGAGUCAUGCUUCCACUCCAAAAGACGAUGUUCUUCUUUUCUUCCAGAGAGACAUGCCUUGA